AUGUCGACAGCUAUUCAAGGCCAGCAAGGCAACUUAGAUCGAUAUGUUGUCAUUCACGUUGCUACCACUUGUGAUGAACAUGGCGUUUACGUUACCAAAGAUUCCGCUGAGGUGAUAGAGCUUGGGUGGAUUUUACUCGACGCAAAGACUUGUGAUGAACUUCACCGAGAGAGUGUUCUUGUUAAGCCCAUUAACACUCCAAUUACUCCUCUAUGUACGAGCUUGACUACUCUCACUUGGGAACAUGUCCGCACUGCAGGUACCUUCCGCGAUGCGAUCAACCGAUUCGAUACAUUUGCUGCCGAGCACCUCACAUCUCAAAAUCUCGACUUCUCUUUUGUUACACUUGAUUCAUGGGAUCUUCGAGUCCAGCUUCCCCGCGAAGCUCGUGACAAAGCUGUUGUACUGCCUCCAUAUUUACAACAUUCUAGAACUUUUGACCUUCGAACUGAGUACCAAAGAUGGCAACAACAUCACCCUGAAUCUCUGCCAUUCGGUCCAUCCAUGCUUUCAAAUAUUUGCGCUGCGUUGGAAGUCGAGCCUGUUCAAGCUAGUGCUCCAAUCAAGCACAACCUUCCUUUCCACCUCCAAGCUUUGGCCCCGGCCUCCCCUCGUCGUGCAAUGGAAGAAGCGGUUACACUUGCUAGAGUCCUCAGAGGGUUGAUUCGCAAGUCACAACCUCCUCAUGAACAUCCUGAUGUUCUUACGAGACCCAUGGAUGCCCGUGCUGAUGUUAGAGCUUUUCUUUCGGAGCGCAGCAAAGUUCUCCAUAUGGCAGGACUUCCUCAUGAUACCACUCAAUCUGAGCUCGAGAGCUGGUUCACUCAAUUUGGUGGUCGUCCCAUUGCUUUCUGGACGCUCCGAACGCCAGAUCAACACAAGCCAACUGGUUCUGGAUUCGCAGUAUUUUCAUCCCAUGAAGAGGCCGCUGAAAGUCUCUGCAUGAACGGACGAGCUCUCAAUGAGAAAGCUAUCGAGGUUUCACCAUCUUCAAGUCGCGUUCUUGACCGUGCUGCAGAAAUUCUCACUCCUUUCCCACCUAGCAAGAACAGACCUCGCCCUGGAGACUGGACAUGUCCAUCAUGUGGUUUCUCUAACUUCCAGCGUAGAACUGCUUGUUUCCGAUGCUCAUUCCCAGCCAUGGGUGGUGGCCCAGCUGCUGAGAUGGGUGGUGGAUAUGGUGGUGGUGGUGGUGGUGGUUACGGCUACGGUCCACCAGCAAUGAUGCCCCCUCCACAACACAUGGGUCAUCACGGAGGUAUGGGAGGUGGCCACGGAGGUGGAAGGAUGGGAGGCGGUGGUGGCGUUGUUCCUUUCCGUGCCGGUGAUUGGAAAUGCGGAUCUGAAGGGUGUGGUUACCACAACUUUGCCAAGAAUGUCAGCUGUUUAAGGUGUGGCGCAAGUCGUGCUGGUGCUGCUGUCGUUGCCGAUUCUGGUUAUCCUUCCCCAAUGGACGCUGCGAACAACUAUAGCAUGGGUUCCAACUCGAUGGCUGGUACACCUGGCCCAGGUCCUUUUGCCUCAGCUGCUGGUGGCUUCGGUCCAUCCGGUGGUUAUGGUGGUCAACACUUUGGUGGCCCACCUAGCACUUACGCUCUUCCAUCCGGUCUUGGCGCACCAACUGGUUCAUACCCUUCAUUGAAUACUCACUUCGGUCCUGCAAGUGGUGUUCACUCUGCCGGCGCAGGAGGAUUUGACAGCCGAUCUGCAGAGGCGGCAUUCCAAUCAGCCAGCAACGGUCCAGCAUCCGCAGGGCCUUCCAACAACUUUUAUGCUAACCAAGGUGAAAGUGAUCCAUUCGCUUUCCUUUCAUCUGGAAUCAACAACUUGUCUAUGGGUAGCGGUGAUGCUCGUCAGAAUGGUGCUGCUGCUCCAAGCAAAUCUCCAGCUUAA